CGCGAUAUGACAACUAUUCUAAACCCAUUGUCCUCGUACACUCGAACUAAAAGAUUAUUUGUGGGCAUUCCUCUUUCUCUCGGAUCGAACCUUAAUCUACACACAACCCAGCUUUCUGCCCGCCCGUGUGGGUGCGGGUAUGGCCGUUUCGCAACCUUAAAAAUAAUGCCACAUUUUUUCUCAAACUUUCGGUACCGGACAAAUCUUUUCCCCCCAUGCUUCUUCCGUCAUCGACGCCCCCCGUUAAACCGUUGUUGUUUUCAAUUAUUUCGUCAAGGAUUUCGGUAACGCAAUGGGAGUGGUGUUCAUCCAGGGUCCUCUUUUUUUCUUUCUCUCUCUUAAAGUUUCGCUUCUAGGGGUUUGCUAGUUUUGACUUCAUCGUCAUCAUCAUCCAUUGCGGAUCAUGGCGAUGUUGAUGGAAGGUUGUAGGUUUCUUGUGCGCAAAGAGAUAAGGAAAAGAGAGGAUUUGGUUACGUGCUGUUAAGUGCUUGGGAAAGAGAGAUGGGUAUGAAUGAUCUUUUUCUUUUUCUUCUUCUUCUUCUUCUUCUUCUUCUUCUUUUCUUUCGGGCGUUGGGGUCGGAAAAUCAUGGUGAGUGGUUUAUCGCAGUGUUCUCGUCUUAACUCUGGGAUGAUUGCUUGUGUUGUCGAUGGAGGAUAGCAGUAUACAGGGGUCAAUUCGAUAUAUGCUGAAGGAAAUCAUCAGAGCUCAAGUGCCUCUUCUCACCGCUCCGCGUUGUGUAACACUAAUGAAAGACUCAGAGGUUCAGUAUAUGAAGUAUCGCCAGGAUCCCAUCUACAUUUACAUUGCCAUAUCCGGGGCUCAGGAGAUUUGUAAUAUGGGCCUCUUAUCGGUCUAUCAAGAAGUUUGGAGUGGUGAAGCUGAUCUGUCACUCUUCCUUUCACUUUUCCCAUCAUGUCUGUCGUUGGACAGCCGCCCUUUCACUCACUUUAUUAGCGCAUUGUGUUAGCGCACUAUGACAUUGCGGUUUCCCUCCUUCUUCUUCCAAACCGUACGGGUUGCAAUGCUCUCAUUCAUAUUCGAGUAGAGGCGAAGCUAUGAAGAGGGACGGCAGCAUGAUGUAUCUCGAUUCCGGACGCAAUGGACUCGUGGCAGGUACAAAGAAUUGAAAUUCUUCCCUGGCCGACGAUCACUAUUGUAUCCGCUUCAGCAUGCACAACCCUUCCGAUAUAAUGAUCUCUGCGACUGUUCGCUACUAGGGGUUUCCGACACCUCCCAGAAUGAUGACGAGCUUCAGAUUGAUUCCGCGGUUGUCAUUCACAGUCUGCUUAUUAUUUGUCAGCGAAUUGAUUGUUUUGCAGUUAUCGAUAAAAGGCUGCUGGUGAUCAUGCGUACUUGCCCCUCGCCUCUCACAAGCUCCCGUGCUUCGGGGCAAACAUAGGCAAGAGCGUAAACAAACAUCAGCAACAACAACAACAACAACAACACUGCAACCGUACCUGCCUCAUAUAUUACACCCCACCACCUCAACAGCCUCACGGCACCAACAUACACUCGACAACAGCUUUGCAUGCAUUCAACCCAACUUGUUAGUCUUUUUGGUUCCCAGGCGGGACAAUUGGUUACCCGCUGCCUUUCCUUACCGGAGUACAUCCACCGACUUGCAGACAGGGCUCUCGUCCAGGCGUGCCCAGACCCCCAGAAUUUGGAAACUUUGGAGCUCAGCUAUCGUGCAUAGUUCGUAUCCGCACCAGUUGCCAGUCGCCACCCACGAUUGCGCUCUCUGCAGCUUGGCGCUUUGGUCCGGUCCCAUCUAUUAUUCUAUGCAUUUUGACCUAUCCUCUUUUCUGACACUAUCCUAACGCCGCUCGAUACGGUACCUUUGGUUCAUUCGUCUGGGUCCUUGUACCUCUCGCUGCCAAACAUGGACAUGCCGUAUCACGUACGCCCGAAACAGAUCCCUCGUCGGCCCCCUCUAGGGGACGCAACUUUACGUGCCAAUCAAGACCAUCGCUUACGUUCACCACGAGAUGAAAAGCUAAAGUUGUACGAUCCGCAGUCCUCUUCACCAAUACCGUUGCCGCACAACGAGUCACUCAUGCCAAAUGGCUCCUCGCUCGCCGUACGACACCAACCUUCGCCCCAGAAUAAACGCGUUCACGCUGUCGUGGAGAACUCUCGGCCUCGUGUCUCUAAACGUAAUUCGGCAGCUUCCAAUACCAGCGUCUUGUCCAGCACGACGGGACACAAGCGAAAGACACACAUUGGUCCUUGGGAACUCGGUAGGACCAUCGGUCGGGGUGGCUGCUCUCGAGUGCGUAUAGUGCGACACAGUGCUACUGGCCAGUAUGGAGCCGCAAAGAUCAUAUCGAAAGCCACCGCAGACAAGGUGCGAGCCUUGAGCUUGGCAGACUUGGUCGCGAGCGCUGAGAACGAGCCGACCUUAUUCUGUGGUGCUAAGACUAUUCCUCUUGGUCUGGAACGCGAGAUUUGCAUCAUGAAGCUCCUAGAUCAUCCGAACAUUGUUCGUUUGUACGACAUCUGGGAGAAUCGCAAUGAGAUCUACUUGAUUAUGGAAUAUAUUGAAGGCGGGGAGCUGUUCGGAUAUCUUGGGGAACAUGGCAGACUGCCUGAAGAGGUCGUUGCAUACAUCUUCCGCCAAGUCGUCGCAGCCUUGAUAUAUUGUCACCGCAUCAAUAUACAUCACAGGGACCUCAAACCGGAGAAUAUUUUGCUAGACCGAGCUACCAUGAGCAUCAAACUUGUGGAUUUCGGUAUGGCUGCUCUUCAACCCGAGGGCCAAAAACUCACAACGCCCUGUGGCAGCCCUCACUAUGCGGCUCCAGAGGUCAUUGGGACAAAUCCCUACGACGGUGGACAGGCGGAUGUUUGGAGCUGCGGAGUGAUCUUGUUCGUUCUCCUCACUGGCUUCCCACCUUUCAACUACUCUGGCGACGACAAGGAUCUUCGCAACUUAUUUGAUGCUAUCAUUCGUGCCGAUUACCAAAUGCCACCAGAGCUCUCCCGUGAGGCCAAGGAUCUUAUUGCCCGUAUUCUUAUCACGGAUCCCAAGCAGCGAAUUACACUCAGGGAAGUCUGGGAACAUCCGUUCUUACGCAAGUAUGAUGAAGAUUCGGACGAAAACUUCAAGCUAGAGUACUGGGUUGGCCCGGAGCCUUCACUCCAGGAUUGGGAGCCGUUGGAGCGAUCGGACAUUGAGCUAACGAUUAUGCGUUACAUGCGCACAUUGUGGCAUAGUGAGACUGAAGAGGCGCUGGUCCAGCGUUUGUUAAGCAAAUCCAUGAAUUUCGAGAAGUACUUCUACCUCGCGCUUCAAAAGUAUCAAUUCGACCAAUUGGAGAAUUACGUACCUAGCCCUCAGCAUGCUGUUGUCUAUUCGGCGAGUGAUUAUCACCACAACAAACGACGUGGUCCUUGGAAGAAGGCAUCACCACCGCACUCACAAUCGGUGUAUUCCGUACUCAACAACGAGCACCUGUAUUCGAAGCACAGUUUCUAUGAGAAGUCUACAUCCGAAAUGAGUUACGAUCCAUUCAGAGCAUCCAAAGAGCCAAUCGUGCCCACUCAAUCACUGCAUCAAAACAUCACUGUGCACCGUGGUACCAGUUCAGCCACCCGCAGUUCAGGUACUCGUAGCAUGCGUCCAACUACAGCUCUGGGACACCACACCACUAAGGAUUCACUCCGCGUUCAAGCUAUGACAAAGAACACUGCUUUUUCUCGUGGCUCUUCUAAGCGUAGUACGCCUUCAUCGCAACGUUCAGCCAGAUCUGCUCGACGCAGGUCUGUGUCACGUUCCUCUCUGGUCAGCACGCAGUUUUCAAGCAGCCCUCCAGUAUUUCACUCCCACAGCAUGUACAAACGUGGUGUGAGCUUCUCCCGCUUGCGUCGUCCUUCGAAUGCUACCACUAGCACAAACGAUACGGGGACUGUGAGAUACACACCAGAACAGCGUAAGUUCAUGGUUCAGUACAAUGAGUAUGCAGAAUCAUCCUCCAUGUCGCCCGGAUCGAGUACGAUUGGAGACUCACCUUCUGUACGAGCUUCAUCAAAAGCUCCAGCUAUACCCGCAGUGCCCCGGUUGAAGAUCCGCAAGCCUGAGAGCCCGAGCCGUUAUAUUCAGAGUGAGGUUAGAAAGGUCAGCACAGAGCUUGGUAAAGUUAUGGAGGAAGCCUUCAAUCCUCCAUCCGUCAGCUCCAGUGCUGAAACCUCCGCAUUUGAUACUCAGAAGGAUUUAUAUUCUACCCCUCCCACCUCAUUAUCUAAUCGUGACUCAGGUGGGACUGUCACCUUGGGCAGUGCUGCGGAAAUUUCCGUGUAUGGAAAACGUCCUCUACCGCCUCUUCCAAAUGAGACCCCAAAUGCAUUCCUCAAGCGUAGGCUCGCAGAGACCCGGGCCGAGAUGGAACAACAGUUCACCGAACAGAGCGAUGGCAAUCCGGAGCACUUGCACGAAGUUCUUGUUCAAUUGGAUAAUCUUAUGAACCCGGCUCCUAAUCCGACUAAACGCAACCACUCCAGUGCUACUAGAGCCGCUGAAGCCACCAAUCCUCUUCAUGUGAUUCCUGAAGAGAUCAGAGACACUGAAGACUGUUUUCGUCCGCAGACUGGAAAAGAGACAGUCGGUUCGAAUACAGCCCAAAUGGCCGAUAGGUCGCCUGAUCGAAUCACUCCGGCACCUCUCAAUAUCCGCAAGCGAAGCGGCCCGGCAAACGUAGAAAAGAGCAGCAACUCCGGAUCAACUAGAAAUGAAUCCAUCUAUCGCGACGCAGGCACGAAUCAUGAAACACCUUCUCCCUCCCAGGCUCCAGAAUUGAAGGAACCGACCAUCAAAAAGAAGAAGUCAUCCUGGUUUCAUCGAAAGAACGAAAAGAAGGAACGUGCGCCGGAAACCCAGCUUAAGACGUCUCCAGUUCCGGAUCAGUUGAAUAUUCCAGAGUCAUGGCAGGGUUUGGAUGAUCGCAUCAAGAGUGAUGCUCGCGCGGACCCCACGCCAGAUGUUGGAAAACACGCGACGAGAAAGCAAUCGGAGAACAGCGAUGGCAGUGAGUUCCCUAUGCGCAAUUGUGGAACAGCCCUUGGUAAGGACGAAGGACGUGGCAAUGCAUUCAAAGGUCUCCUGGGCUUGUUUGGCAAAAAGUCCAAGAUAGAUAAAAUUAAGCAUGCGCUGAACUUAGGCGGAAACGGGAGUUCCACCUCUGUAUACAAUAAUUUCGAUACAGAGUCGGAGACCGCGGAGCCAACACGCCCCGGUCAGCCUGAUUACCAGAUGAACUGGUUAUCCCGUUUCUUGCAUAUCAAACCGGUCAGCGCGACUCUAUGCUUCCAAGUUGGCCGUCCUCGAGUAAGGAAGAAUCUUCUUUUCCUCUUACGCGAAUGGGAAUGCCAUGGCGUUCGAGACGUUUCACUGAGUCCGGAUGACAAGAAUGUGAUCAACGUUCGUUUAGACAAGAACAACUUUCUUAAAAUCAAACCGGUGUCUUUGGUCAUUGAAUUGUUCGUCAUAUGCGAAGGUGGACGACGGACCAAACUCUGCUGUGCUCGUUUCACGCAAACCCGCGGCGCUGCCUCCAGUUUCCGCAAGACCGUCGAUAUCUUAGAGGACAUCUGCAGCAACAUGAGUCUUCUAGUGACGUCAGCAGAAGUCAGGACAGAAAUGCUCAAAGUUCUCCAGGUCUGA